GUGUGUGUGUGUGUGUGUGUGUUCUUUCUUUCUUUCUUUCUUUCUUUCUUUCUUUCUCAGUGGGUUUCCUGGGCAAAGAGGAGAGGAGGAGUCAUUGGGUGUCUUUGGGUAGCCACUUGCAGUGCUGGCUUAAAGCAAUGCAUGCUAGACUUCGUAUUGUAUAAAGUCCACCAACCAUUGCUUUAAGCCAACACUGCAAGCAAGGCUACCUGAAGACAAACGCACCCAUUGUCUCUGUUCGGUGAUGUGGUAUUUUUAGAGGUGCUAUUCUGCUUUUAGAUUGGCCUGGAUGUUCUAGCAUUUUUAGAUUUAUUUUAAGGCUCUUCUACAUUUCAGGAGUCACUUUUCCUCGCAAUUAGUCAUAAUCAAUCUUAACUAUGAAGCCAGAAUAGUUUACACUUGGAACUGCAUAAAAUGUAUUUUCUGUAGAAGGGGAAAUGUUAAUGCAGACCUACACAGAUGGACAAGUCUCUUCCAGGUAGUACACCAUAGUUUACAGUGUUUUUUUUUUUUUUGGGAGGCUCGAGGAGAUUCAUGUUGGAAGAAACAAAAACAAAUUCCAAGCAGAAUAUCAAAGCCUAUGCAUCAAACUACAUGUAUAUGUACAACAUGUUUUUACAAAGCAGAGCAUGUCACUAAAGACAUAACUGUAGGCUAUGUUUCUUUUGCUGUGCACUAGCCUACAUAUUUUGACGUUAUUGUGUUCACCCUUAUUUGAUGAGUAAAUUCAUGCAGAUUUGUUGAUGGUUAAGUUGGUCAUCCAGGUGGAAAGUCUGUUCACCACCCCAGUAGCCCUGUAGAUAGCCUAAAUCAGGGCUAACUGACCAAGUAAUAUAGGAUCUGAACUUACACGGCCACUUGCUGGUAGCUCAGCACAUGCGUCAAAGGCGCAGUUGAGACAAGUAGCCACCGUGACCACCAGACCUCGAGUUUCAACUGUCAUUAUUGAAGACUGGCUGUUACUGCGAAUCCUAUCCCUCUUGUUUCCACCUGUAACUCGAUCCAUUAUUAAAGUCAUGGGGACUCCCGUUUCGGUUACCUGUUAAUGGAUUGUUGUUUCUGGACUUGAGUGACCAGAAAAAGCUGUACUUUGAAUCGGAUGGCCUAAAUGACAACGCACUACCACCAUCUGUCUGUAGCCUAAUUUGAAUGUUGAUAUGUGAAUAAUUUUAAGUCCGAUUUAAAGAACAGUGUUCAGCAGGUUAAAGAAGGGAACAGCUGGAAAGAUAUCAGGCUACUACAUCACUGCAGAUUAUUUGGAGUGCAUGGUCUAGGGCUGGUCAUCCCUUCUUUCAAUCUGGAGGAAACCAUCAUUAAAAUGUACUUUGGAGUGCUCCGUCGACCUACGGACAUAUAAUGUAUAGGCACAGUUUGGACGCUGGGAGUCAUUCACAAACUAUAAUGCUCCAUUUCUCGAUACUUAUAUUUGCACGGAUGACCCCUGUGAUGGGUACCAAGAUCUGUCCAGCGCAAUGCUUGUGCUACGACUCGGCAGAGUUGGUGGACUGCCGUGACCGCGGCUUUACGCACGUGCCACACGGCAUUCCUCAUGGCUCUUGGCUGCUGGACCUGAGCAAGAACGACAUUCAGGAGCUUCGGAGCCGCUCCUUCACGGGGUUGUGGGCGCUGAAAGUGCUACUGAUGUCAAACUGCGGGAUCAAAGUGGUACAGUCGAACGCUCUCAAUUCACUCUCAUUCAUUGAGAAGCUGGAUCUGAGUCACAACCAGCUGCAGGUCCUACCCUCGGACUUCUCCGAGGGCUUAGACUCUCUAAAAGACCUCCGGCUGGCCCACAAUUCCCUGGGGCGCCUGGACUCAUCUGCCUUGCAGCGUCUGGAGAACCUGCAGAGGCUUGACCUCAGCCACAACUACAUCCAGGUUCUGGAGCCAGGCAUGCUGCGUGCCCUGACGAGCCUGCGUCACCUCAACCUGCGCUGGAACCUGCUGCGUGAGGUGCCCAUGGGCAUGUUGACCAUGCAGCAGGGCCUGUCCGUGCUUCUCCUGGACCAGAACAAUGUGACGUACCUGGACGCUGAGGCCUUCACGCCGCUGCGCGGGCUCACCUUGCUCAGUCUCCAGGGCAACCAGCUGUGGAGCCUCGACUUCCGGACCUUCCUGAACCUGCAGACGCGCGACACGCACCUGCAGCUGUCCGGCAACCCGUGGGUGUGCGACUGCGAGCUGCACCGCGUCUUCGCCAAGCUGCUGCACGUGCGCCACUUGCACGUGGACGACUACGCCAACGUCACGUGCCGGGCGCCGCCGCUGCUCGCCGGCGCCUCGCUCGCCUACAUGGACAACCAGCUGUGCGUGGCCGAGAUGGCCACCGUGCUGGUCAUCAGCGUCACGGUGAUCGUCACAGUGGUGGCCGCCAUGGUGAUGGCCGAGCGCAACAGGAAGAGGAAGAAGCUGAACCAGCUGAACCAGGAGAACAAGUGGGGCGAACAGGAGAGUAUGGACGGUCAGGACAGGUGAUGGGUUCGUCGGUUAACAUUGGAGACGAAGAAGCUGAUUCUGGACUACACCCAGUUCUGACAUUCUAGACCGGUUCUGACAUUCUAGACUGGUUCUGACAUUCUAGACUGGUUCUUGUUCGGAUGUGGACCUUAUUCGGCAGCAGUGGUUCAGUGGUUCCAAUCUACAGAAGGUUCUGGGUUUGAAUCCUGGUAGUUUUUCUUGAGCUAAUGAGUAUGAGUACAUUUAUUUUCUUCAACCAAUAAAAUGGUUAGAACUUUGAAUGAUUGCCUAUCCUUUUGUUGUUUAAAUAUGUGUAUGUGCGUGUGUGUAUGUGUGUGUGCCUAUCUCUCUCUCUCUCUCU